AUGUUGCCUGCAGCUGUUAGCGGUCUGCGUCCAAAAAUCUGGCAAUCAACUUCUGGCUUCGAAGCGUCCCCUAAGCCUUUUCAACAGCCAGAGACUUUUACAUCAAGCUGCAGAGCCUUUGCAUUGCCUCUGGCGUUCUCCUUGACGGCUUGGAGAUCUGGGGCCUUCAGCCGGCACUCACGGCCCUCACGCGUUGCUGCAAAUGCAGAGGCCUCAGGCCGGAGAGGCCGAAGGGGCCUGGAGGGUAUCCCCCUCCUCAGCCAGCUUCGUGACCUUUGGCGCCGGAAGCUCUUCGUCUCUGCAGCCUUGGCCCUGCUCAUGGGCCUACUGUGGAUAUAUCAGGGCUUCCAGGGUUGGCAGAAUUUGAAGGCCUUCAAUAUGACCCUGCCUUGGUACAAGCGACUUCCUGCCUCCACGGCCUUGGAGAGCUGGAUGCUGGGCACACAUCCCGUGGCUCUCAUUGGAAAGAUCCACAUCACAUGGAGCACUCUGCAAGGAGAGUUCGGCAUGGAUGCCACCUGGGUGGCCUCCAGAGGUCAGCUACACCG